GGCGGGGGGGCGUGGCGCGGCGGGUGACGCGGCCCGCGAGCGCGGCGGGCCGCUAGUGCGCGCGGCGCCCGCCAGACGCUAACAUGGCGCCGGGCGGCGGCGGCUGGCGGCGGCGCGGCGGCGGCGGGGCCGGUCCCGACGCUGCGCCCGGCGGCGGUGGCGGUGGCGGCGGCGGAGCGGUGGCGGCGCCGCCGCUGCUGCCGCCGCUGCUGCUGCUGCUGGCGCUGCCCGGCGGCGGCGGCGCGGCGGCGGCGGGCGACAGCCUCAUCCUGGGCAUGCGGCUGGAGGAGAGCACGAAGCCGGCGGCGGGGGAGCCGGCCCGCGGGCCCAUCCGCGUCACGGAGGGCAGCGAGGUGCUGCUGCGCCUCUACGGGCUGGGCCUGGGCCCGCGCACCGGCGAGCGCGUGGCCUUCGCCGAGCUGCGGCCCGCCGCCAACGCCUCGGCGCCCAACGGCACCUGCCCCGAGCGCUCGCAGGACCUGGUGGUGCAGCCGGGCCCCGCCGAGGCCCGCAACACCUCGGCGCUGCUGCGCGUCCGUGUGCAGCCGCUGCGCAAGGACGAGCAGGCCAAGACCUACGUGCUGUGCACCCAGCGGCGGCCCGGGCAGCCCUGGCUGCCGCACCAGGGCCCCGACGGGCGCAUCGUGGUGCUGGAGGAGAAGAAGUCGCUGCUGCCGCUGUGGCUGCAGGUGAUCCUCAUCGCCGGGCUGCUGGUGCUCUCGGGCAUGUUCAGCGGGCUCAACCUGGGCCUCAUGGCGCUGGACCCCAUGGAGCUGCGCAUCGUGCAGAACUGCGGCACCGACAAGGAGAAGCGCUACGCCCGCAAGAUCGAGCCCAUCCGCCGCAAGGGCAACUACCUGCUCUGCUCCCUGCUGCUGGGCAACGUGCUGGUCAACACCACCCUCACCAUCCUCCUCGACGACCUCAUCGGCUCCGGCAUCGGCGCCGUCGUCGCCUCCACCAUCGGCAUCGUCAUCUUCGGCGAGAUCGUGCCCCAGGCGCUCUGCUCGCGCCACGGCCUGGCCGUGGGCGCCAACACCAUCGUGGUCACCAAGUUCUUCAUGCUGGUGACGUUCCCGCUCUCCUUCCCCAUCAGCAAGCUGCUGGACUGCAUCCUGGGCCAGGAGAUCGGCACCGUCUACAACCGGGAGAAGCUGGUGGAGAUGCUGAAGGUGACGGAGCCCUACAACGACCUGGUGAGGGAGGAGCUCAACAUGAUCCAGGGGGCCCUGGAGCUCCGGACCAAGACGGUGGAGGACGUGAUGACCCCCCUGCACAACUGCUUCAUGAUCAACAGCGACGCCAUCCUGGACUUCAACACCAUGUCGGAGAUCAUGGAGAGCGGCUUCACCCGCAUCCCCGUCUACGAGGACGAGCGCUCCAACAUCAUGGACAUCCUCUACGUCAAGGACCUGGCGUUCGUCGACCCCGACGACUGCACCCCACUCAAGACCAUCACCAAGUUUUACAACCACCCGGUGCACGUCGUCUUCCACGACACCAAGCUGGACGCCAUGCUGGAGGAGUUCAAAAAGGGGAAGUCCCACCUGGCCAUCGUGCAGAAGGUGAACAACGAGGGCGAGGGAGACCCCUUCUACGAGGUGCUGGGGCUGGUGACGCUGGAGGACGUCAUCGAGGAGAUCAUCAAGUCGGAGAUCCUGGACGAGUCGGAUAUGUACACCGACAACCGCAACAGGAAGCGGGUGGGCAACCAGAAGAACAAGCGGGACUUCUCCGCCUUCAAGGACCCCGUCAAUGAGCUCAAGGUGAAGAUCUCCCCGCAGCUGCUGCUGGCCGCUCACCGCUUCCUCUCCACGGAGGUGACGCUCUUCACCCCCAACUUCAUCUCGGAGAAGAUCCUGCUGCGGCUGCUCAAGUACUCGGACGUCAUCCAGGAGCUGAAGUUCGACGAGGAGAAUAAGAAAUCCCCACGCCACUUCCUCUACACCAAGAACAAGGCAGCCGACUACUUCAUCCUCAUCCUGCAGGGCAAGGUGGAGGUGGAGGCCGGCAAGGAAAGCAUGAAGUUUGAGGCGGGAGCCUUCUCCUACUACGGGGUGAUGGCCCUCAGCCCACCUCCUGCGUCAGAGAUCCGCUCGCCGUCGCACGUGAGCGGCCUGAACCGCUCGGCCUCGCUGAGCUGCCACGAGCGCUCCGACUCCGUCUCGUCCCCCGUGAGCGGCAGCAACAACCAGCUCAACGUGGGCGCCGGGCCCCAGUACGUGGCCGACUUCAGCGUCCGGGCCCUCACCGACCUGCAGUUCGUCAAGAUCACUCGGCAGGAGUACCAGAACGGCCUCAUGGCCUCCCGCAUGGACAGUUGCCCCCAGUCCCCGGACAGCAACGCCUCCAAAGUGGAAACCAGCCUGCCGGAGAAGCCGGAGCCGUCGAGCACGGACGAGACCACCAGUCUCCUGAACGAGAGGAACUGCCUGAGCCGCAGGAGCAACCACAGCUCCCUGGAGAACUCCAUCUGACCCCGGCCCCGCCGGGGACGCGCUCGGGGGACGCUCCGCACCAAGGUGAGGGACGUGGAAGGGGCGCCGCCGCACGCGUGCCCCCGUAGCUUUUCUCUUUAGGGACCCUUCCCUGUACGAAGCGCUCCGCGUCUCGCGGCCCGGAGGCGACGGAGCGGAUACGGGUCCGUGGCGCCGCGCCACACGCAAAGGGAAUCCUCCCCCCCCUUCUCCCCGCCGCCGCAGGCAACGGAGCCGCGGGGCGCCGGGACCCGAUGGAGGGAGCCGCGGCACGGUUAAAAAGGGAGCCCGGUUUUGCUGCUGUUUUGAAAAACUGGCUGUUUAUUUAAACGAAUCCUGAUGGAGACGGAGGGCGACGGCCCCCUCGCGCGGCCCCGUGCCUUCGGCCGGCCGCGGGCUCUCCGCCUUGGCCAUCCCGCUCGGGACGCUGAGGACCGCGGCAGCACGGCCGUGGAGGGGAGGUGAUGCGUUCGGCCGGGCCGCAGCCGCCGCUUGUUCAGCUCAGGGAGCCUCGAAGCCUCGCACGUCGCUUCUCUCCGGUCAUCCCGGCGCGGCGGCCGGCUCCGCGGGGGUCUUCGCGGCUGCGGCCCCUCGGGGACGAGCCCGGAGCAGAGCCCGCCCUCGCUGGAGGGCAGCUCGACGUUUUUGGGGGCUGCCGGCCCGUGGAGGUGGAUCGGCGGUUCCUCUGCCUGUCGCCCCAAGUUUUCCUGCUGGGCCGUGGAGGAGGAGGAGGCUCCGGCACCGCCGGGACGAGGCGGGCCGCCGCCACACCGUCGCCCUCUGCGCCAUCCCGGCUCCGCUUCGUCCUCCCAAAAAGACCGCGGCGGCGGCGCCUGCUCCGUGCCCGGCUCGCGGAGGCAACCCCGGCGGCCUCCCCACCGCGCCGCCGCCAGCGGGGGCUGUCUCAGGGAGUGCGGGCCGGGCCGGGGGGCAGGGGGGGGCCAGGAUCCCCCCAGGAGCCGGCACCAAGCUAGUGACCAAAGUUGUGUGGUGGUGGUGGGGGGGAGUGAGGGGACCCCGUCCCCCCCUGUGACCCACAGCGGGAUGGGGGGAGCCUGGGGGGGGCUCGGCGGCAGGGUGAGCUUCCUCCCCAGCCUUCCUCCUCCUCCGGCGCCCGCUCUCGGCCUCAUCUCGGGCGCCCGAGGGGUGCCCCCCCCGCAAAGCACAAGGUCCCUGGGUGACUCUGUAAGUUAUUGGGAGAAGGUUAAUUAUUUUUGUUAAUCGUUUCUUGACUAUCAGGUCCUAGAGCCUCGGCCGGGGCGGGGGGAGACGCUAGAAAUAAUAAUAAACCCACGUUGGAAAAAGCCCUUCCUUUUCCUUAACUCUUCUUUCUAUGCAAGGCGGGAGCGGGGCCGGGCGCGGGCCCCCGGGGGGGGAGGCGGCCGAGGGGCAGGUCACUAUUUAUUUCGCGUCGGGUUUGAUGUGUAUAUUUUGGGGAUGGCGGCGGUUUUGGGGGGGGGGGGGGGGGCAGCGGUUGGGCCCCAGCCGUCAUCUUUGCUCAACCAAAUAUGGAGUUUAUUUUUUUUUUUCUUUUCCAAUGGGGUAAUAAAAAUCUAUUAUCUGUU